CAAAGCUAGAGAGAGAAAGAGAAAGAGAAGGAGAGAGAAAUUGGGUGAUUGUCUUCUGCUGUGUGGGAAGAAGAAGAAGAAAGAGAGGGAGAGAGAGAGAGAGAAAGCGAGGCUCUGUCUGUUCUUCAUACGUUUCAUUCAAAGUGUCGCCCCCCAAAAAAAAAAAAAAAAACUGAACGCCCAAACUUAAUAUUAGCAAUUCACACAAUCUCUCUCUCUCUCUCUCUUCUCUGCCCCUGAAAAUCGCCACUGUGAAACCCUAAUCUUCGUGUCUCUUCUCCGUCCCUUUUGCCGUGCCUCCCUCCCGAAUCCUCCCAAGAUUGCACGCGCGCUUCCGUUUCGUUGCUGGGACUCGUUGCUCGGAUUGAGGACGCCGGUUUCUUGGGCCUCGUGCUCGCGGAGCUUUGGUUUUGUCGCUCCGGAAUCGAUUGUAGUGGGGGUGGGUUCUUUCUCCUCAUCCCUCGGACGGAAUUCCUUCGCCGCCGCCGCCUCUUCGAACCCUAGGCGCCGGAAGUUGGUUACGAGCUCCUCCUAUCAGGUUCUCGCGUCUUAGGGUUGGGUUGGGGGUGGUUAUUCGGGCAUUGGACCCGUGCGGAGUUUCUGAUUUGAGUGCUCUCAUUUGGAUUUAAUUUUGGGGCAGUCGGAAUUCCAAGGCUGCCGCGGAAGUGGCCGCUUGUGGGAAUUCGGGUGUGUGCUUUUGCGUAAUGAGGGUCGCCUGACCUUGCUUUGUUGUGUGAAAUUCGCAUUUUCAUUGGGAAUGGAGGUCUAGAGGGAGUCCGCUUCUCAUCAUUGUGCUUGUUUAGGGGUAACGUGUCUUCUGAUUGUCAUUGCCUUCAUGCUUGCACUCUGGCUUCGCACUUGCAUUGGGAUUCUGUUCUUCUGAUAGACCUGCCUAGUUAAUUGCUGGUGCUUUACUAGUUGGAAGCCGCUAAUGGCCCUUUGAGGGGAUUGCGACGCGCCAUCUUUUGAUUAGGAAGAGACGUUCAUUUUUCGGAUAAGGUUUCUGCGAUUCUGAACAGAUGGGAAGGGGUGGCGAAGUUUAGUUGUUCGAUUUGUGCUCUUAAUAUUCUCUGAGGAUGUGCAUUGCUCCCCAUGGAAAGAAGUGAACCCACUUUAGUUCCAGAGUGGCUGAGGAAUUCUGGCGGCGGAGGUACUUCAGGAGUCAGUAGCUCAGCCAGCCACUCUUCUCAUUCAGAACCUCCUUCAUCGGGAUCUCGUAGGAGAAGUAAAACUUCCAAGGGCGGGAAUGACUUUGAUGGCCGCCACUCAGCAUUAGAUCGCACAUCUUCACUUAAUUUACGGGGGAGUUCUGGUAAUAAUGGUCUCUUAAAGAAUGCGUACAGUAGUUUCAAUAGGAGUCACCACGACAGGGAAAGAGGACGGUCGAACUAUGAUGACUACUGGGACCUUGAUGGCUCUGAUUCCCUGGGAUGUGUCUUAAAUAGUCGGAUUGAGAAAGAUCCAUUGAGGCAUUCCCAUUCCAUGAUUCCAAGAAGGCAUGGUGAACUAUUACCCCGUCGUGUGGUUCCAGAGGUAAAAAAUGGAAGCAAUGAUGCACAAAAUAACAUUGCUAAGAAUGGUCCAAUUUCUGGGGUUAGUACCAUUCACCAUGCUGUUUCUGAGAAGGAUUUCCCAUUGCUUGGAGCUGAAGAAAGGCAAGGAAUGGCAGAUAAAGGAAGAGCCUCAUCACCUGGUUUGCCUUCCAACAUCAAUUGUUUGCCAGGUGCUAGUUCAGCUUUAGCUAGCAGUGAAGGAUGGACAUCAGCCCUGGCACAGGUACCGAGCCUCUCUCCUACUAAUGGCUUACAAUCGUCAUCUCAUCAACAAAAUACAGUUGCUGCUCCGGUAUGUGGGACUGCAAUGGCAACGACUGGUCUUAAAAUGGCUGAAGCUUUAGCACAGGCUCCGCUGCGAGCAAAAACUGCUCCCCAGUUGUCAGUGAAGACACAGAGGCUUGAGGAGUUGGCCAUUAAGCAAUCAAGGCAGCUUAUACCAGUGACCCCGUCUGGUCCUAAGACUUCGGUGCUUAAUUCAUCUGAAAAAUCCAAGUCAAAAGCAGCUGUAAGAAAUGGGGAGAGAAUUUCUGCUGUCAGGAGUGGGCAACAGCAACUCUCUUUAUCUGCUAAUCAGCUUCUUCGGGGUGGACAUACUAAAUUAGAUUCACCACAGUCACCUCAUGCUGGGAAGUUUUUAGUUCUCAAGCCCACCAGGGAGAAUGGUGUUUCUCAUGCUCCAAAGGAUAUGGGAAGUCCAACCAGUGUUAGUGGCAGCAAAUCAUUAAGCAGCCAGCCGACCGUUGCUAGUUCUGCAGCUCCUGCUCCUUCAAGGAAUGCGAACAACCCGACGCAUUCCUCUUUGGAAGACAAGUCUGCUGUCUCCUUUCUGAACCCUGCUACAGUUUUGGAGAAGAGACCUUCCUCAUCUCAUGCACAAAGCCGAAGUGAGUUUUUCAAUCUCAUUAAAAGGAAAAACUCAACAAAAGGUUCUUCUGUUCUCUUAGAGUCAGGCCCUGUAAUCUCAUCUCCAAGCAGAGAAAAUUCUUGUCAAAUGAUUGAGCAAUCAGUCAAUGCCCCUGGAAGUCCUGUUGCUGACAAUGGUGGUGAGAUAUGUAGCAGUGGUGGCAGCUCUUUAGAAGCUCUGAGACUUCCUAAUGAUGACGAUGGUGAUAUGAGUCUCACAGCGGCAGUUUAUCCAAAUGAGGAAGAGGUUGCUUUUCUUCGUUCCCUUGGUUGGGAUGAGAAUGCUGGUGAAGAUGAAGGUCUCACAGAAGAGGAGAUCAAUGCUUUUUAUCGAGAGUACACAAAUCUGGGGCCAUCUUCGAAUGUGCCGAGGCGUGGAGCCAAUCCUCUCGAAACUGUCUGAAACUCGCAUAGGUAGUAUUGGUGGAGCCUCUGCGGAGAUCAUUCCAUCUGAUUCGGGAUUCAAAGCUUGAUUUACCAGCUCUGGAAGUCCAAAUUUUGCUGGCCGGACGGUCCUUUGUUUUUGAAGGGACACCAAUCUUGGGGUAUGCAGGAGGAUAGGUCCUGUGGGGAUUUUACAAAUAGUUCAAUAAGUUGGAGCUUUCAUGUUUGCUUGUGGAAAAAGAAAGAGGAUCUUAGGGAAUUUUGUUUCAGGAUAGAUAGAGGGUUUACUGUUUCGGAGGAGGUGCUGAGGGAGCUAGCAUCUUUUGGGGUAUUUCGGUCCUUUAUUUUCCUUCCCCUUGAAGAGGGUUCUGAUCUUUAGGAAGAAAUGCUUCUGGUGUUUCUUUUCAUUUUUCGACUGAAAAAGGUAAAAAGAAAAAGGAAGUUCAACAUUUUGGUUCCUC